AAACGUGACAUACUGUUAGUGAGAGGUUCAAAUUGAAAGUAAACGCAAAAAGCAUCGAGCUUCUUCUGAUUCACGGCUCCGAGUUCAAUCUCAUUCUGCCAAACUGUGAACCGUAUUAGAUCAAUCCGAAACGGCUUUAGUUCAGUGAAUAAUUGCGUACCUGUUUCUAUUCUGUAUGGUGGAUGGUUUGGUCCUGACAAUCGUUGUUCGUCAUGGCUCUUGUGCUAAAAAACAUUUAUGAAACCUUCAAUUACUUCUUUACGGAAUACAAAGAUCCACGUGUUGAGCACUACCCAUUGCUCGGGUCCCCAUUGCCGAUUGUAGCUGUAAUCAUAAUAUAUUUAAAGUUCGUUAAAGUUUGGGGACCAGAAAUGAUGAAGAACCGCAAGCCUUUCCAGCUUACUACCCUUAUGAACGUGUAUAACGUAACACAGAUAUUUUUAAACCUAUACAUUGGUAUCGUGGGGGGAUUAAAUUCGUACUUUUCUGAGGACUAUAGUUGGAGUUGCGAGCCUAUUAAUCAAAAGGGCAGUUCCUCUAGAAAAAAACUCAUUUUUGUUACGUAUCUUUACUUCAUCUCGAAGAUAAUCGAUCUUCUCGAUACGGUAUUUUUUGUUGUGCGCAAAAAGAAUAAUCAGAUAACAUUUCUUCAUACCUACCAUCAUGCUGGAAUGGUAGUUGCGACAUAUGUUUUCACCAAAUUCUUGGCCGGAAGUCAUGCAACCCUUUUAGGAUUAAUUAAUAGCUUCGUUCACGUGAUAAUGUAUUUCUAUUACUUUCUCACGUCCUUCAAACCUGAAUUAAAAAAUUCCCUAUGGUGGAAAAAACACAUCACCCAAGUUCAAUUGCUACAAUUUACUAUUCUUAUGGUCCAUUUUGGCGCCCCACUGAUUGGCGGAUACUGCGAAUUUCCAAAGGUUUUGCUGUUCAUUGGGCUGACGCAGAACAUGUUCAUGUUUACACUGUUUGCCGACUUUUACAUUAAAACAUACAUAAAAAAAACAAAAGUAGUGUGAUAGAACAGGCUAGCAACAAGGCGAUGAAUUGUUCCGGAUGUUAAAUAGUAUGCAAAUAAACUAUCCUCACUCGUAUUCUUUAAGUGCGUGAUUAGGGAUCUAACAAACAAUUGCCUCAAACAUUCUUUCUGACAAACUCUGCAAUACCAAUUAAGGAUUAUAUGCCUAAC